CCUCCUUAACAAGAAGAGCCACAGUAUGAAGCUUGAAGUUAUUUAAAAUACUAAAAACCGUUUUAGGUGUUCCAUUUUAUUAACGGGUUGUUGCAAUCAUUUCUAAACUAAUGAACUUAUAAAGUGAUUGGCACAAAUUGAGAUGAAAGUCCAUGAAUGAAAAAUUUUUAUAUAAAAACUACAAUAAAGUACAAAAACAUGUCAUCCAAUUCAGAGGCAUAAGAAAUGCUGCCAUAGUCAUGAUGGUGGUUUUGUUAUUGAAAGACUAAUGGGAACUGUUCUUUCUUUAUUAGGAGAUGAGUCUGGGUCUGUGUACUUACACAAUUUCAUUGCCUUACCGGAAUUGAGUCUUAUUUUGGUUGUAGUACUAGUCCUUAGGCCUGUGCACUCCUCGGGGCCGAGCGAAGGGUGUGUUCCAUGGAUUAAGCACUUUCAGAAGUGCAGAAGCAUGUUUUUAUGGGGUUUUUUUUAGUUGACUAUCGAACUUGUGCUCUUUUCUCUAUCAGGCGCCCGCGGGUCUUUGUGCAUUUGCUUCUAGAUCCAGUUUUUAGCUCGAAAGAAACGACCUGGGCGAGCUUUGGCGGCGCUCCCGGUGCGCGGGGCGAGCGCCGGGGCUGUGCCGCUGGCCGGGCACGGCGGGGCUGCGGCGGCCCCGGCCUCCGCUCUGCGGCGCGCGCUUCGGUUUGGGUUCCAUUUCUUCUGGCAGAGUUCCUUGGCAAUGUACAGUAAUUUGUAAACUUGCAUCAAGUUUAUGAAUAAAAAGCAUUUUACGAAGCGCUGUGUCCGUGCUGGAGCCCGGGGCGCGAGGGAAGGGGGGAGGUGAGAGCGGGACGGGUCCUCCCGGCCGCCAGGCGGCGCCACUGUCGUGGCUCGUGGCCGCUCGCGCUGACCGGAAGUUGCCUCAAGCGCGGAGGCGCCCGAGUGACGCAGGGCAGCGGGGCCGGGGAGGCGGCGGGGCCAUGGAAUCCGCGGCGAAGGGCAGCUACGUCCUCGCCAACCUCGCCGAGGUGGUGGAGCGUGUCCUCGGCUUCCUGCCCACCAAGGCGCUGCUGCGCGCCGCCUGCGUAUGCCGGCUAUGGAGGGAGUGUGCCCGGCGGACGCUGCGGACGCGGCAGCGAAUCGCGUGGGUGUCGGCGCUGGAGCCGGGCCCCGCCGAGAACCACGCGCUGGUGCGCGCGCUGGCCCGCGAGCUCGAGAAGGUGCACGUGCUGCCCCAGACCGUGCUCUACAUCGCUGAUGCAGAGACCUUCAGCGGGCACGAGGAGUGUCACGAGCAAAAGAAAGCCAGAAAAAGAAACAGUAAAGAAACUGCUCUCGCACUUGAAAAGUUGUUGCCAAAGCGAUGUCAGGUUCUUGGACUGGUCACCCCAGGGAUUGUAGUUACCCCAAUGGGUUCAAGCAGCAAUCAACCUCAAGAAAUUGAAGAGGGCGAAGCUGGGUUUGCUCUGUUGUUUCCCAAAAUUGAUGGGGUGAAAAUUCAUACCUUCCAUUUUUCUAAAGAUGUGAAGAACAGGGUCUUUGAUGAAAGCAAAUUUGCAGAAGCAGGUCUGAAGAAUAACCCAGAUCUCCGUGUUGUUCUUCUGUUUGGCUACAACUCCUGGAAGACUGGAGCUACUCGAUUUCUUCAUCAAAUAGUCAAUCCAUUAAAUGAGAAAAGUAUCAUCCUGGCUGGAGGACAAGUGGAGAGCUUUACAUCACUCACCUCUGAGAAUAACCACGCCCAGCCGGGUGACGCCUGCGGUGUGGUUGGGUUGGCUUUCAGCGGCCCCCAGAUCCAGAGUGCCACUGUCCUGCUGGACCAGGAUGUGGCUGAUGAGAGGACGGCAGAAGCAGCCAUGCAGCGCCUCAAAGCAGCCAACAUCCCCGAGCACAACACCAUUGGCUUCAUGUUUGCCUGCGUUGGCAGAGGAUAUCGGCAUUACAAAACCAAAAGGAAUAUGGAAGCAGAUGCAUUUAGGAAGUUUUUUCCAAAUGUACCCCUCUUUGGCUUUUUCGGACACGGAGAAAUAGGGUGUGAUCGAAUAGUUACUGGGAAUUUCGUGUUAAGAGAAUGUAAUGACAUAAAGGAUGACCUGCUUCAUGGUUAUACUACUGUAAUGACUCUUAUUCACCUUGGUUCAACUAAAGCAAACCAAGCAUAAGUAAGGUUUAAUGCUUCAGUGAGCUGUUUGUUUCAUUCCAGAGAGCUGAGAAGUCUGGAAGAAUGGACAUCUUGCAGUCAAAGCCCCUUCCAAAACAUAAACAUCAUUUUGGUAAUGUUACUGAGUCUUGUAGUUGCUAUAGAGUUUACUGUAAUAUCUGGGAGAAAGCCUUGCAUUUUUUGUAAUCCCCUGUACACAUCAGAAUUGCAGGAAAUUAUAUUUGAUGGAAUUCUGCAUUUGAAGAAAGCCUCUUUCUUCCAAAAUGAAAAUGGUUUCUACAAAUUGUAGAAUACCCUGAAUUGGAAGGGACCCAUCAGGAUUGUUGAGUCCAACUCUUGGCCCUGAACAGGACACCCCAAGAAUCCCACCAAGUGCCUGAGAGUGUUGUCCAAACUCUUCUUGAGCUCAGGCAGGGCUUGGUGCUCUGACCGCUUUCCUGGGGAGCCUGUUCCAGUGUCCAGCCACUCUGGGUGAAAAACAUUUUCCUGAUAUCCAACCUAAACGUCUCUGACUCAGCUUCAUGCCACUUGCUUGAGUUCUGGCACUGGUCAUGAGAGUGAAGAGAUAUUGAUGACCACAAUGAGGUCUCCCCUCAGUCUCCUCUCCUCCAGGCUGAGCAAACCAAGUGUCAUCAGCCACUCCUCAUAAGGCUUCCCCUUCAUGGCAUUCCUCUGGACCCCCUCUAAACUUGAUGUCUUUUUUAUACAGAGGUGCCCAAAACUGCCCCCAGCACUGGAGACUGCCCCAGAGCAGGACAGUCCCUCCCUGGCCAGGCUGGUGGUGCUGGGCCUGAAGCCCCAGGACAUGAUUGGCCCUCCUGGGUGCCAGGGCACGGCUGGCUCAGAGCCAGCUUGGCAUUGACCCCAGCUCCCUUCCCACAGCUGCUCUCCACCCUCCUGCUCCCCAUUCCAUACACACAGCCAGGGCUGCCCUGUCCCAGGGGCAGAAUCCAGCACUUGCCACUGUUACAUUUCAUAUGGUUGGUGAUUGCCCAUCUCUCUUUGUCAAUGUCUCUGCAGGGCCUCUGUCCUUGAGAGAGUUGACAGCUCCUCCCAAUUUAUUGUCAGUGGCAAACCCCAACCCAAAUGUAGAAAGAAACUACUUUGAUGUGCUCUAUUUAUGCAUAUAAAGCACUCUAGAAAAACUACUGAUGCAUUAAAUCUACCACUUCCUAGAUUUUAUUUCUAGAGAGAUGAAGAACUUUCCCAGAGCCCUAUUUACAAAACUGAAGUUUUACUAGGUAAAAUCAAUGAAAAUCUUUAGAGAAAAGUAACAAAGUACUUGUUAAAUAAAGAUAGAAGUAUGUGAAAGUA